GCGUUACCGGGUGGGUAGCGGGGAAUGUUGACGGUGUAACACCAAAGUCGGGCACAACCAGCGGCCGCUGUCUGUCUGUGUUGUGAAUUUGUUUUAUUCACCAGCUCCAUUGAAACAUUUGGAUUUCAUCCGACGUAAAUGAGUUGCAGAGGUGACAGCGAUGAUGAGGACAGCUGCAGUAAACGGAGAGUCGCGUACGUCUACAGCCCGGAGUACAUCCAGACCUGCGACACUUUAUCCAAAGUGCCAAAUCGGGCGAGUAUGGUCCACUCACUGAUAGAAGCCUAUGGACUGCUUGAACACAUGAGCAUUGUCAAACCUCACGUGGCCACCAUAGAGGAAAUGGCCAAAUUCCACACAGAUUCCUACCUGGAGCAUCUUCACAAGAUCAGCCAGGACGGAGACAACGACGACCCGCAGUCGGCCGACUACGGCCUGGGUUAUGACUGUCCAGUGGUGGAGGGCAUAUUUGAUUAUGCAGCAGCAGUAGGGGGCGCUACGCUGACAGCAGCUCAGACCCUGUUGGACCAAAAGUGUGAUGUGGCCAUCAACUGGGCAGGAGGGUGGCACCAUGCUAAGAAGGACGAGGCUUCAGGUUUCUGUUACGUGAACGAUGCCGUGCUGGGAAUCCUCAGACUGAGAGAGAAAAAUGAACGAGUCCUCUAUGUGGACGUUGACCUGCAUCAUGGAGACGGUGUGGAAGACGCCUUCAGCUUCACAUCCAAAGUCAUGACCGUCUCUGUGCACAAGUUCUCUCCCGGGUUCUUCCCAGGUCAGCCCUCACAGCGAGCACGGGGCGACCUGUGUGACACAGGGCUGGGUAAAGGCCGGUGGUACGCUGUGAACGUUCCACUGGAGGACGGCAUCAAGGAUGACAGAUACUACCAGAUUUUUACCAGUGUCAUGCAGGAGGUGCGGGCACAGUUCAACCCAGAGGCAAUAGUGAUGCAGCUGGGUGCUGACACCAUGGCGGGCGACCCCAUGUGCUCCUUCAACAUGACCCCUGUUGGGGUUGGCAAGUGUCUGCAGUAUGUCCUGCAGUGGCAGCUACCUACACUCCUGCUGGGCGGAGGAGGUUAUAAUCUGGCUAACACGGCUCGCUGUUGGACCUACCUGACGGCAGAAGUGCUGGGAAAGACUCUGUCCUCCGAAAUACCUGAUCAUGAGCCUCUUCCUGUCCUGCCCCUCGCUGCCGUCAGGGAUGUGCUGGCUCCCAGAGUCACGGGCUCAAUCACCGGAAACAUCACCAGGCAAUAA